GUGAGCCGCCCGCGCGUCGGGCUCGCGUCGCCGACAAAAGGCAGCUGCGACUCCACAUGAGGGACACCUUCGCACCUCCUCCAGCAUCAGCCCUUCACCUCGCAUUUUCGCCAUCAUCAAGCCCUAUAGCUGCACCGCUUUGAGCAUCAAGCUCUCUUCUCCGUUCACACGAUGAACGCCCUCCGCCGCAUCGGGCGCAAGCUGGCGCCGACGGCCGACAAGGGCAGCGAUGGGCGCGACGUGUGGCCUUCGCGCGCCGGCUUCGUCCUUGCGAGCAUGUCGGGCUGCGCAGGCAUGGGCAAUCUCUUGCGCUAUCCGUCGGUCGUUUACAACGCCCAGGCGGGCCUGUCAUGGUUCAUUCCUUACUUCAUGGCCGUCAUCCUCAUCGCCAUUCCGACGCUCAUGCUCGAGCUGUCGAUCGGACAGGCACACCGCGCGGGAGGCGUCGUCGCGUACAACGCGCUCAGCAAGCGCCUGCGCGGCGUCGGACUGGGCAUGCUGUGGGUCGCCUUCCUGGUGGUUCCCUAUUUCGUCGUGAACCUCGCCUGGAUCAUGACGUACUGGCGCAACUCGUUCAUCUCGCCCCUGCCGUGGGCCGGCCGUGCUCCGGACUUCUACGCAGAGGUCGUGGCGAACCCAACGCCGAUCGCCGGCGAGCUGUCCGCCUCCGGCAACAGCGUGCUCAGCUACACGCAGUACCCGAACAUCGCCUUCAUCGGCGAGACUGUUGGAUGGUCGGUCUUCACGUUUUUCCUCGUGUUCAUCAGCAUUUUCCGAGGUGUAGGCAUGACAGGCCGUGUCGUAUACUUCACGAUGGGCAUGCCCAUUGUGAUCACGAUUAUCCUCGUCGGACGGGCAUGCUCGCUGCCCAACGCCGUCGACGGCGUCCGGCUCUUCGUCGGCACGUGGCGCGGAGAACAGCUCGCCAACGGUCGCAUCUGGCAGACGGCAUGCUCCCAGGUCUUCUUCUCGAUCGGUGUGGGAUUCGGCUACUUCACCAGCUACGCCUCGUACUCGAGUCGCUUCAGCAACGUCGUGGUCGACGGCCUACUGAUUGCUGGAAGCAACGUGCUCUUCGAGAAUUUCGCCGCAUUCGCCGUGUUCGGCGUCGUGGGCUUCCUGCAGCUCUUCCCCGAGCCCGGCGCGCCGCCGCUCGGCGCCUUUACCGUCGGCUUCCUCACGCUGCCCGAGGCCGUGGCACAGCUGCCCGGCGCCAACUUCUGGGCUUUCGCCCUGUUCACAACACUGAUGACGCUCGGCUACAGCUCGGCAUUCGCCAUGCUUGAUGCCGUCGUCACGGCGAUUCUGGAUACGGGACGCGUCCAGAACCGCACGCUCGUCGUCGCUGCAUGCGUGCUCGUCUCGUUCUGCUUCUCGCUGCCGUACUGCACGCAGUUCGGCGAGGCGCUCCUGACCGGCGUCGAUCGCUGGGUCUCGGACGUGGCGCUGGUGUUCGUCGUAUUCUGCGAGGUGACGCUCUCCACGUCCGUGUAUCGGUACCGCGACGUGAUCACCGAGGUCGGCCUGCCCGCGUUCGCAAGCUACAACAGCGGCUACUUUGGAGGCAUGAUCUGUGGCGUGACCGUCGCGCAUGCCGUGUCUCCGGCAGCCGGAGCAGGCGUGGGCUUCGGCCUCUACAUCCUCGGCAGCCUGGCCGCCAUGAUUCUUGGCAAGACGCCGCUCAGUCGCCCGCCGAGCUUCUGGGGCAAGUACGUGUGGCUGGAGCGCUUCUGGUACGUGGCCGCCUACCAGGGCAACCAGCUGCGCCGCGACCUCAACCGCAUCGUCGCGACGGGCAAGAACUGGAGCAUCCCGCCGUUCUGGGGCCCGCUGCUGCGCUACGUCUCCGGCCCGGUGCUCGCGAUCGUCUACAGCUUCAGCUACCCGAGCUUCUACCAGCUGCGCUACGACCCGCUGCACAUCCUCGGCUUCGCCCUGGGACAUAUUCCGAUCGUUGUGAUCGUGCUGUGCUUUAGCAUGCCGCGCUGGUUCGACGUCUUCGUGCCGCCGGAGCGCCGCGACGACACCCGGCGCUGCAUGCGCUCGAGGAGCGCGAGCUCGAGGAGCAGCGCGAGCAGCAGAAGCAGGCGGCAAGCGACGGCCAGAGCUCGGUAG